UUUCUCUCAUUCUCUCUCUCUAAAUAAUUUUCAUCAUAUCAUAUACUCUCUCCUUUCAUCAUCACCAGCUUUUAAUUUCCCUUUGGUUUUGAUUUAGAUUCACAUAAAGUAGUUGUUGUUGCUUACAUGUGUCUUAAUUCUUACUAAUCUUAUUAUAUAAACCUCUCUUAAUUAUUUAUUAUUAUUGGUUCUUCUUUCAGACAUUACCUUUUUUCUUUCUUUUGCUUCAAACCUUGUAUAUAUAAAUACAAUCUCUUCCUUUCAAUUCCCGAAUGUUCGUUACAGGGUGUAUGACCAACCUCCCCACCAUGCCACUCUCUAAUUUCAACCAUCAAUCAUGGUGCUAGAACAAGAACAAGAAGAAGAAAAAGAAGAAGCACAACGAGGAAGAAGUAUCAAUUAAUCAACAGUUUCUGGAACAUAUUAUGAGAGAUAAGAAUUAAUCUGUGGAGCAUUUUGAUUACUUAUUUGGUUUUUGGUGAUGAUUGGGAUUAUAAUCUCUCCUUUGAGUUGCUUCAAGGAGAUGAUUCUUGCUAUUUGGGAUGAAAGAUGGUAGUUUUGAUCUGGGUUUUUGCUGGUAGGAAGAAAAGAAGGUUCUGAAAUUCUAUAACACUAGAAUUAGUUAGGGUUCAAUUUAGAAAGGGAUUCAUUAGGGUUGUUGGAUUCAAUGGCUACACCAACUGUGCAGCAGGAAGCUGCGGCCGUGGCCGCUGCUCCAAGGAAGAAAAUGACCAAGCAAUUGACCGGAAAGCGCGACGACACGACCCUGCACUCGGCAGCGAGAGCAGGGAACUUGGCUCUGAUAAAGGACACACUUAGUGGUGCUGAAGAGGGUCAACUUCAUGAGUUGUUGGCAAAGCAGAACCAAGCUGGGGAAACAGCCCUUUAUGUUGCUGCUGAGUAUGGUUAUGUUGAUUUGGUUAAGGAGAUGAUUCGGUAUUAUGAUCUCGCUGAUGCCGGAAUCAAGGCUAGGAAUGGUUUUGAUGCACUCCACAUUGCUGCUAAACAAGGGGAUCUAGAUGUGUUGAAGAUCCUUAUGGAGGCUCAUCCUGAAUUGUCAAUGACCGUGGAUCCCUCGAACACCACGGCUUUGCACACAGCCUCGACACAAGGGCAUACUGAGAUAGUGAAGUUUCUAUUAGAGGCAGGUAGUAGCUUGGCAACCAUAGCUCGAAGCAAUGGGAAAACAGCUCUUCAUUCUGCAGCAAGAAACGGACAUUUGGCUGUUGUAAAGGCACUUUUAGAGAAGGAGCCUGGGGUUGUGACACGGACCGAUAAGAAGGGCCAGACUGCGCUUCACAUGGCGGUGAAAGGGCAGAAUCUUGAGGUGGUGGAGGAGUUGAUAAAAGGGGAUCCCUCAUCAGUAAACAUGGUUGAUAAUAAGGGUAAUACGGCUUUGCAUAUUGCAACCCGGAAGGGUAGAGCUCAGAUUGUGAAGUUGCUUCUUGGACAGAAAGAAACAGACACCACAGCAGUUAAUAAAUCCGGCGAAAGUGCAUUAGACACUGCUGAGAAAACUGGGAACUCCGAAAUCAAAGCCAUACUUUUGGAACACGGUGUUCAAAGUGCCAAAGCCAUGAAGCCAAAGCCAACAACAGCAGCUAGAGAGUUGAAACAAACAGUGAGUGACAUAAAGCAUGAAGUCCAUUAUCAAUUAGAACACACGCGCCAGACCAGAAAGCGCGUCCAGGGAAUCGCCAAGCGCAUCAACAAGAUGCAUGCUGAAGGACUCAACAAUGCAAUCAACUCAACCACUGUGGUUGCUGUCCUCAUUGCCACAGUUGCCUUUGCAGCUAUCUUCACAGUUCCUGGCCAAUUUGUUGAUGAUCCAAAAAACAUUCCUAAAGGGAUGUCCCUUGGGGAAGCAAACAUAGCCCCUACAGCUGCAUUCAUCAUUUUCAUUGUCUUCGAUUCCAUUGCGCUGUUCAUCUCCCUAGCCGUCGUGGUGGUGCAGACCUCGAUCGUGGUCAUAGAGAGCAAAGCUAAGAAGCAGAUGAUGGCUAUCAUUAACAAGCUAAUGUGGCUGGCUUGUGUGCUUAUCACUGUGGCAUUCUUGGCACUUUCAUUCAUAGUUGUUGGAAAAGAUCAAAAGUGGCUUGCAAUUGGAGUCACAGUUAUAGGAACAACUAUAAUGGCUACAACAUUAGGAUUAAUGUGUUACUGGGUCAUUAGGCACAGAAUUGAGGCAUCAAAUUUGAGAAGCAUAAGGAAGUCUUCAAUGGGAAGCAGGUCAAGAUCAUUUUCAGUUUCUGUUAUGUCAGAUACUGAGAUACUAAACAAUGAGUAUAAAAAAAUGUAUGCGAUUUAGAAUUGUUUUAUAGAGAGCUGCUAAGUCAUGUUCUCUUUUUUUCCAUGGCUAGUUGGAGCUAUAUAUCAAAUACAAAGUGAAGCUUCUUAAUGUAUAUAUAUCACUUUGCUCAUCCA